UCCAUCUUCCCAAGAAAACAACACACAAAGAAGAAUAACAAUAACACACUCUUCUCUUCGAUCAUCUCCCUUUUCUCUGAGAGCUAGCACUCCUUCAAACUUUGAUCCUGGCAAAGCCAUGGGGUUCCUAAAAGCAAUAUUCAUCAUAGCAAUAACCAUGGCUUUGUCCAUCACACUCACAAUGAAAACCAUCACUCAUCAAGAGGAAGCAAAACCACCCUUUGUGCACCAUGAUUUGCCCUCAUCAACCCCUCAUCAAAAGAAUCUCCUUCUUCCUUCCAAGAGGGUGAGUCGCUUCCUCGCUCAAGUGAAAAACCCUAAUGCUGCUGAUCACUGCAGGAAGGAUCACGAGAUUUGUACUUUGUCGGGUGUCAAGAACUCAACAUGUUGCAACAACAAGUGCAUUGAUGUAGGGUAUGACAAGCACAAUUGUGGGGCAUGCAAGAUGAAGUGCAAGUUCACUGAGGUAUGUUGUAGAGGGGAAUGUGUUGAUACCAACUUUGACAAGAGGCAUUGCGGGGAGUGUAACCAUCGGUGUGAAGUGGGUGCAUAUUGUGUCUAUGGAAUGUGCGGCUACGCCUAAUAAUUAAGCUUCAUGCAUGAGUCCCCAAUACUAUGUUAUUAUUACUAUACGAGGUUUGUGAUUUUUAUUAAAAAUGUUCAAUAAAGUAGACCACAUUUGUGGUGGUUCUCUAAGGUUCUCUAACCAGAAAUACAAUAGCAUAUAGUACCUCUUAAAGUUAUAUUGCAAUCUUCUAAGUGUUUCCUAAAGCAUAAUUAAUGCUAUUCUCCAAGAAAAUAAGUAUAUAUCAUCUCAUCACACAUUGUGACA